AUGCGGCCUCACACCAUCACCAUCACCAUCACCAUCACCGUCCCCCUGCAACAGGAUAAGCUACGUUCAGGCGUGCAGAACAACCUUCCCAACAAACCUGCCAGAAGCACCGACAAACCUCCCAAAACUAACCUCCCCAACACGCCAACAAUACUCCCAAAACUAACCUCCAGGACACAGCAACAAACCUCCCAGAAACACAGACAAACCUCCCCAACAAACCUGCCCAACACGGCAACAAACCUCCCUAACAAACCUCCCCAACACGCCAACAAACCUCCCCAACAAACCCCCCAACACGCCAACAAACCCCCCCAACACGCCAACAAACCCCCCAACACGCCAACAAACCUCCCCAACACGGCAACAAACCUCCCCAACAAACCCCCCAACACGCCAACAAACCUCCCCAACACGCCAACAAACCUCCCCAACACGCCAACAAACCUCCCCAACAAACCCCCCCAAAACGCCAACAAACCUCCCCAACACGCCAACAAACCUCCCCAACACGCCAACAAACCCCCCAACACGCCAACAAACCUCCCCAACACGCCAACAAACCUCCCCAACAAACCCCCCCAAAACGCCAACAAACCUCCCCAACACGCCAACAAACCUCCCCAACAAACCCCCCAACACGCCAACAAACCUCCCCAACAAACCCCCCCAAAACGCCAACAAACCUCCCCAACACGCCAACAAACCUCCCCAACACGCCAACAAACCCCCCAACACGCCAACAAACCUCCCCAACAAACCCCCCAACACGCCAACAAACCUCCCCAACAAACCUCCAGGACACGCCAACAAACCUCCCCAACACGCCAACAAACCUCCCCAACAAACCCCCCCAACACGCCAACAAACCUCCCCAACACGCCAACAAACCUCCCCAACAAACCCCCCCAACACGCCAACAAACCUCCCCAACAAAUCUCCCCAACACGCCAACAAACCUCCCCAACAAACCUCCCCAACAAACCUCCCCAACAAACCUCCCCAACACCCCAACAAACCUCCCCAACAAACCUCCCCAACAAACCUCCCCAACACCCCAACAAACCUCCCCAACAAACCAACAAACCUCCCCAACACCCCAACAAACCUCCCCAACAAACCUCCCCAACACCCCAACAAACCUCCCCAACAAACCAACAAACCUCCCCAACACCCCAACAAACCUCCCCAACAAACCUCCCCAACACGCCAACAAACCUCCCCAACAAACCUCCCCAACACGCCAACAAACCUCCCCAACAAAUCUCCCCAACACGCCAACAAACCUCCCCAACACGCCAACAAACCUCCCCAACAAACCUCCCCAACACGCCAACAAACCUCCCCAACAAACCUCCCAACACGCCAACAAACCCCCCCAACACGCCAACAAACCUCCCCAACACGCCAACAAACCUCCCCAACACGCCAACAAACCUCCCCAACAAACCCCCCAACACGCCAACAAACCUCCCCAACAAACCCCCCCAACACGCCAACAAACCUCCCCAACACGCCAACAAACCCCCCCAACAAACCUCCCCAACACGCCAACAAACCUCCCCAACACGCCAACAAACCUCCCCAACACGCCAACAAACCUCCCCAACAAACCCCCCCAACACGCCAACAAACCUCCCCAACAAACCUCCCCAACAAACCUCCCCAACACGCCAACAAACCUCCCCAACACGCCAACAAACCCCCCCAACAAACCUCCCCAACACGCCAACAAACCUCCCCAACACGCCAACAAACCUCCCCAACACGCCAACAAACCUCCCCAACAAACCCCCCCAACACGCCAACAAACCUCCCCAACACGCCAACAAACCUCCCCAACAAACCUCCCCAACACGCCAACAAACCUCCCCAACAAACCUCCCCAACACGCCAACAAACCUCCCCAACACGCCAACAAACCUCCCCAACACGCCAACAAACCUCCCCAACAGCCUGCCCAACACGCCAACAAACCUCCCCAACACGCCAACAAACCUCCCCAACAGCCUGCCCAACACGCCAACAAACCUCCCCAACACGCCAACAAACCUCCCUAACAAACCUCCCCAACAAACCUCCCCAACAAACCUCCCUAACAAACCUCCCCAACAAAACUCCCCAACAAACCUCCCAAAACAAACCUCCCUGAAGCACCGACAAACCCCCCCAACACGCCAACAAACUAACCUGUCCAGAAACCCCCCAGAACAAUCCAAAACCCUCCCAGAAACCCCCAGCAACUGUCCAAACCCCCUAGAACUGUCCAGAACCCUCCCAGACCCCAGAGAACAAUCCAAAACCCUCCCAGACCCCCCAGACCCCCCAGACCUGUCCAAGACCCUCCCAGAACUGUCCAAAACCCUCCCAGACCCCCCAGACUGUCCAAAACCCUCCCAGAAACCCCCUAGAACUGUCCAAAACCCUCCCAAAGCCCCCCAGAACUGUCCAAAACCCUCCCGAACCCCCCCAGACCCCCCAGUACCGUCCACAACUCUUCCAAAACCUCCCCAGACCUGUCCAAAACUCUUCCAAAACCUCUCCAGACCUGUCCGAAACUCUUCCAAAACCCCCCAGACCCCCAGAACUGUCAAAAAAGAAACAGAAAACCCUCCCAAAAACCUCCUGGACCCCCAGAACUGUCCAAACCCUUAA